CCCCCCACUCUCCAUUAUUCCUCCCUUCUCUCCUUCUCCCCUCCCCCACCGCCCCACGCUCCUCCUCCUCGGCCGCCGCCAUCGCCGGCGACGGCGACCUCCGGAGCCGCGUGGAGAACUCUCCGGUGAGAUUCGUUUUCCGUCAGCGCGGGUAGAGAUCAAAGCUUGAGCGUGGUGAGCGUGCCCGCCAAGGCGUAGCUGCAUUCGGCCUCCUGCUCCCUCAUCCACGCGCGCCGGCGGCCUUCCUGCAAGGCUGGCUCUGGAGGCUCAACCUAGGCUCCCAGCUCGCCACCGCCAGCCUUUCGUGCCACCGCCGCAUAGUCACUCCCUCCCUCAGCCGGAUCCUCGAUCCACUGCCACCGCCGGCGCGGAGCUCCUCCCUCGGUCCGGUGGAGUGGCGUCGGGUGGAGAUCCGUCCUGCCGAGGAGUAAUUUCUUCUUUCCUUGAUGUUGGAGCUCAGGUAGCAGUCAACAAUGGAUGCAAUAGAGGCCGAAGAAGGUCCUUUUCUGGCUAAUGAUGCCAAGUUGCACGCAGGAAUUUGUAGAGCAUUUCUCCCUGCUGUAUCUAAGCUUUCCACCAUUUUCCCUUUCAUCGAAGCAUCAAGACCAAGAAGCAAGUCUGGUAUACAGGCAUUGUGUUCACUACAUGUCGCUCUAGAUAAAGCCAAAGGGCUCCUUCAACAUUGUGCAGACAGCAGCAGGCUCUACUUGGCCAUCACCUCGGAAACUGUGCUUUUGAAGUUUGAAAAAUCUAGAAGCCAACUUCAGGAAAGUCUAAGGCGCGUUGAAAGCAUAGUAACAGAAGAUAUCAGCUGUAAGAUUACAGAGAUUGUUAGCGAGUUGGAGGAGAUUGUCUUUACAUUGGAUCGAUCAGAGAAGGAAGCUGGUGACGAUGUGAUCAAUUUGCUCCAGAGGAACAACAAAACAAAUGGUUCCAGUGAUAGUGGGGAGCUUGAGGUCUUCCACAUGGCUGCUCUGAAAUUGGGAAUUACAUCUUCUAGGGCAGCACUUACGGAGAGAAGAGCCCUCAAGAAGCUAAUCGAGAAGGCUCGUUCUGAUGAAGACAAGAGGAAGGAGCUUGUUGUGUCGUACUUGUACAAUCUCAUGAGGAAAUACUCAAAAUUCUUCAGAAGUGAGGCUGGUGACGAUACAGAUUCUCAAGGAUCAUCUCCCUGCUCGCCUACAGUAUUAGGCAUGGAUGAUAUGUACGGACCCUACGGCAAUGGCCGAGCAUUCAGUAGACAGCUUUCGAGCAUUCAAUCAUUCAAUUCGAGGUUUGGAUCUUUCAAUUCUAGGCUCGGAUCAUUCAAUUGCAAGCGUGGUGGUGGUCCAAGGUCUGAAAAUAUGUCAAUGCCUCCUGAAGAACUUAGGUGCCCUAUUUCCUUACAGCUCAUGUAUGACCCAGUCAUCAUUUCAUCUGGACAGACUUAUGAGCGUGUUUGCAUUGAGAAGUGGUUCAACGAUGGUCACAGCACAUGUCCUAAAACUCAGCAGCAACUUGCCCACCUGUCAUUGACUCCAAACUAUUGUGUGAAGGCCCUGAUUGCCAGCUGGUGUGAGCAGAAUGAUUUUCCAGUUCCUGAUGGUCCACCAGGAUCUUUUGAUGUAAAUUGGAGACUUGCUUUCUCAGACACUGAGGCUACAGGUUGUGUGCCUGCUGAAAGUUUUGAUUCUACCAAUGUGAAGAGUGUCAAGGUUGUCCCAAUGGAGAAUAUGAGAAAGGAGGAGCCGGCAAACAGUGAAUCAGAAACGCUGGAUGACAGCUCUUGUAACGAUUUUGAUUUGAAUGAGGGAUAUGGGAACUUGCUGCUCUUACUUCAUGAAAGAAGCAACAUGAACAAGCAGUGUAGGUUGGUGGAGCAGAUAAGGUAUCUUUUGAAAGACGAUGAAGAAGCAAGGAUCCAGCUGGGCUCAAACGGGUUUGCCGAGGCGCUAGUUGAGUUCUUGAGAAAUGCUGUGAGUGAUGGAAAUGAGAAGGCACAGGAAGUUGGCAUCAUGGCUCUUUUCAACCUCGCAGUGAACAACAACAGAAACAAGGGACUCCUGUUAUCUGCUGGAGUUGUCGACCUACUCGAGCAGAUGAUAUCAAAUUCACGCCUAACUGGUCCAGCCACGGCACUGUACCUUAACCUUUCCUGCCUAUCUGAUGCGAAGGCUGUCAUCGGUUCUAGCCAGGCUGUGUCAUUCCUAGUCGACCGUCUGUACAGCCAAGAGGCCGGCGACACAAAAAGCAGCUCCUGCAAGCAUGACGCCCUGUACACGUUGUACAACCUCUCGAACCACCAGGCCAGCGUCCCAGCGCUCCUUACUGCAGGCAUUGUGGAUGCUCUCCACUGUCUCCUCACCGAGUCUCCCGCGACGGAGGGCCUCGGUUGGACAGAGAAGGCCCUUGCUGUGCUCAUCAGCCUCGCAGCCACCCAGGCGGGCAGGAAGGAGAUCAUGUCCACCCCGGGUUUGGUCAGCACAUUAGCAAUGCUGCUCGACACGGGUGAGCCGACUGAGCAGGAGCAGGCCGUGUCGUGCCUUCUGGUGAUGUGCACGGCUGAUGACAAGUGCAUAGCGCCAGUGCUCCAGGAAGGAGUGGUCCCGUCCCUGGUCUCCAUCUCGGCGGCCGGUACUGGGAGGGGCAGGGAGAAGGCCCAGAAGCUUCUGAAGCUGUUCCGGGAACAGAGGCAGCGGGACGCACCACCACCCCAGCAGCCCCAGCAGCAGCAGCAGAGCCAGUUAACAGAGGCCGGGAAUGGUGGUGCCAUCGUGUGCCACCGGGAGUCGAAGCCGCUGUGCAAGUCCAAAUCGCGGAAGCUGGGGCGAACGCUGAGCUCGCUGUGGAAGAAUAGGAGCUUCUCGCUGUACCAGUGCUAGGAUGCUAGAGUAGGUUUGAGUUGAUCAGUGGAUAUGUACAUCUCCUUUCUGCCUUAUUUCCCUCCUGAUCAUUUCCUCUCUUUUUUUUUGGCGGUGUUGUUUUCCACGGGUAAAGCAAAGACCUUGAUGUUCUUCCCCCCCUGCUCGGUGGGGUGAUGUAGGGCAUUUUCCACUUCUACAGUUCUACCUAUGUCAAGAGAUGCGUACAGUUGUUUCUUCUCUAUAAGAUCAGAUGCUGCUGCUCUGUCAAUCAAGCAUCCUUUGCAAGCAA